AUGACUUUGUGUCAACUCUUUCUGCAAAGUGAAGCAGCCUAUGCUUGCGUGUCUGAACUCGGAGAAUUGGGGCUCGUGCAGUUUCGUGAUCUAAACCCGGAUGUGAACGCGUUCCAACGCAAAUUCGUCAAUGAGGUGCGCCGCUGCGACGAGAUGGAGCGUAAGCUCAGGUAUCUGGAGAAGGAGAUCAAGCGCGACGGGAUACCGAUGCUGGAGAUCCCGGGCGAGUGCCCGGAGGCCCCGCAGCCCAGGGAGAUGAUCGACCUUGAGGCGACCUUCGAGAAGCUGGAGAACGAACUGCGCGAGGUAAACCAGAAUGCAGAGGCCCUCAAAAGGAACUAUUUGGAGCUGACCGAGCUCAAGCAUAUUCUGAGGAAGACCCAAGUGUUCUUCGACGAGAUGGCGGACCCGUCGCGGGAAGAGGAACAAGUGACCUUACUGGGGGAGGAGGGUCUCAUGGCUGGAGGGCAAGCGCUCAAAUUGGGGUCACCAUACCGUCAUGCUUACCGUUCUGCUGUCAUGUUUGCAUGCAAUUAUGAGUUGUCUAUCCAUCACGAGGGCGGUGCCAAUACCACUGAAUCGAUGACCCGCGCGCUGAUAUCCGACGACCCCAACAAACAUAUGGGGCACGUCCAACUAGGUUUUCGGGAUAAGCAAGAAUCCUUGGAAUUCCUGCCUUGCUUCGUGGCGGGAGUGAUCCUGCGAGAACGCAUCCCGGCCUUCGAGCGUAUGCUGUGGCGCGCGUGCAGGGGCAACGUGUUCCUCAGGCAGGCGGAGAUCGACAGCCCGCUGGAGGACCCGUCUUCUUCUGACCAGGUGUACAAGUCGGUGUUCAUCAUCUUCUUCCAAGGGGACCAGCUCAAGACUCGCGUGAAGAAGAUAUGCGAGGGCUUCCGCGCAACUCUGUACCCGUGCCCUGAGGCGCCGGCAGACCGCCGCGAGAUGGCAAUGGGCGUGAUGACCAGGAUCGAAGACCUCAACACGGUGCUGGGCCAGACGCAAGACCACCGCCACCGCGUGCUGGUGGCCGCCGCGAAGAACAUCAAGAACUGGUUCGUGAAGGUGCGCAAGAUCAAGGCGAUCUACCACACCCUCAACCUGUUCAACCUGGACGUCACCCAGAAGUGCCUCAUCGCCGAGUGCUGGGUGCCCGCGCUCGACAUGGAGACCAUCCAGCUGGCGUUGAGGAGGGGAACGGAGCGCAGCGGCAGCUCGGUGCCGCCGAUCCUGAACCGCAUGGAGACCGCCGAGGAGCCGCCCACGUACAACCGCAACAACAAGUUCACCUCCGCCUUCCAGCACCUCAUCUACGCGUACGGCGUCGCCACCUAUCGGGAGGUCAAUCCUGCCCCGUACACAAUAAUCACGUUCCCGUUCCUGUUCGCCGUGAUGUUCGGCGACCUGGGCCACGGCGCGCUCAUCGCCAUCUUCGGCUUCUGGAUGUGCUACAAGGAGAAGCCGCUGCAGGCCAAGAAGAUCGACAGCGAGAUCUGGAACAUAUUCUUCGGCGGGCGCUACAUCAUCCUGCUGAUGGGGCUGUUCUCGAUGUACACGGGGCUGAUCUACAACGACAUAUUCUCGAAGAGCCUGAACAUCUUCGGCUCGUCGUGGCGCAGCAACUACCGCAACGACACCCUGGCCGACAACAAGCUGCUGCAGCUCAACCCCGACUCCGAGGACUACCUCCAGUACCCGUACCCCUUCGGGAUCGACCCCGUCUGGCAGCUGGCCGAGUCGAACAAGAUCAUCUUCAUGAACGCCUACAAGAUGAAGAUUUCUAUCAUCAUAGGUGUCUUCCACAUGUUAUUCGGGGUCUGCAUGUCGCUCUGGAAUCACAUCUACUUCAAGCGGCGCAUCAGCAUCUACGUCGAGUUCAUACCUCAGAUCGUGUUCCUCACCCUGCUGUUCUUCUACAUGGUGCUGCUGAUGUUCAUCAAGUGGACUUCAUACGGGCCCACUCCUGGGAAACUUGGCAGCGAUGACCCCGACGUAAUAAGGACCAGCGCGUACUGUGCCCCUUCGAUCCUGAUCACCUUCAUCAACAUGAUGCUGUUCAAGACGGACCCCAACACCAGGCCGCAGUGUGAUGACGUCAUGUAUGCCGGACAGAUGGGCCUGCAGAAGAUGUUCGUGGUGGUGGCGCUGCUGUGCGUGCCGAUCAUGCUCUUCGGGAAGCCGUACUUCAUCAUGCGCGAGCAGAAGCAGCAGGCGAGGAGCCAGCCGCUGGGCGCAGGCCCCGAGGGCGCGGAGGGGGCGCAGGCCGAGAACGGCGCCGCCGCCGGAGCGCCCGCUGAAGCCCCGCACGGGGCCCACUCGCACGAGGAGAUCUCCGAGGUCUUCAUCCACCAGGCCAUCCACACCAUUGAGUACGUGCUGGGCAGCGUUUCCCACACUGCCUCGUAUCUCCGUCUGUGGGCCUUGUCUCUGGCACACGCCCAACUGGCCGAGGUCGCCUGGAACAUGCUGCUGAGGAAAGGUCUGAUGUCGAUGGGCUUCCAAGGCGGCAUCUUCCUGUACGUGGUCUUCGCCGGAUGGGCGGCCAUUUCGGUCUCCAUUCUGGUGCUGAUGGAGGGUCUCUCUGCGUUCCUGCAUACGUUGCGUCUGCAUUGGGUGGAAUUCCAAAGCAAGUUCUACGCGGGUGAAGGCUAUCUAUUCCAGCCAUUCUCCUUCGAGGUCAUUCUCGAUUCCGCUGGCCAGGCGGAGGAG